GUCAAGACACCACAUCAUGUCAGUCUGGUGGUGUGCCCACUGCGCGCAUUAAUGUUCAACCAAGUGGAGAUUUUAUUGAGAAUGGGCGUAUCGGCAGCAGCCAUACUACCUCCGAGUGAGCUCCACCCUGACACGAAAAGAGGCCUUUUAGCAGGAAAAUUUACUGUCGUGUUCUGUAGCCCAGAGGCUAUGAGUAUGGACAUUUGGCGAGAGAUGAUCGUGCAGCUUGGUGAAAGACUGUGUCUGUUUACGUGUGACGAGGCUCACUGUAUUUCUGAAUGGGGUCUUGAUUUCCGACCUGAGUACAUGGAAAUCAGCAGAGUGUAUUCCAUCCUACCGAAGUCAACGAGAUGGCUUUUUCUGACGGCAACCUGCACGGAUCAGUUGCAUCAAUCAAUUUUGGACAUAUUGAACAUCAAGCCGGAUGAGGUCCAAACCAUUGCAGCUGUUCCAGACAGAAAAAACAUCUACAUUAAAUGGAAAACGGGAGUACGCAGCUACAAACAGGAGUUGGAGUGGUUGGUGGACCACAUGAGGACAGCGGGUCCGAAUGCUGAAAAAACCAUCAUUUACUGCAGAUCAAUCAACCAAGUGGCAGCUGUAUACGAGGACCUGCUAAGUCGCAUAGGAGAAGACGCCUGGCAAGGAAAGACGCACACAAUGGAAAACCUCGGAAUCACCAUGUACCAUGGCAGCAUUGGAAAACUUCAAGAACAAUAUGUCUUAAACACUUUCGUCAAAGUGGACUCCAUCGUACGAUGCGUUGUAUGCACCAUUGCCUUCGGCAUGGGAAUUCAAGUUACGGAUGUCAGACAUAUUAUUCAAUGGGAUCGUGCAAUGGGAUCGUGCUGGCUGCGACGGUGCCUUCUUCAUCAUAGUCCCUGUUGCAUGGAAAUCAAUUGUCGCUGUAGGCAGGUCUUCUCGCAUCCACCACAAUCGUCAUCAUGAUCAUCAUCAUCAUCAGCAGCAUCAGAUGAAAAAUCGAGUGGGCGUACACCCAAAUCAUCUGUUGCUGUCUGCCCCAUUAUUGGCAACGUUCUAUUGGUGCCACACUAAAAAUCAAUGUAAAAAAGAAACCAUUUGCUUUUAACAAAUACAAUUGGCAUGUACACCGAUCAGUUACUCUGUCACUACAGAAUAAAAGUUAACUGUCAAGUCGUUAACCCACCUCUAUGUCAUUCUUCCAUUGGCGUAAUUCUUUGUCGAACUCACUCGCUAUCUUAUCGACACAUCGCCGUGCAGAUGACGCCGUUUGGCAGAUG